UCUAACCUGUAAAUAAAAAUAUAAAUAUUUGUUAUUAUGAUUUUAAGUAUUUAUUAAAUCAAAACACGUACAAAAUGAUGUCUAUAGGACAUGCCUUGCAGCAAGAAUUAUUCUUACCUGGCGAGGAACGGUUAAUAACUUGCUGCCAUGUUAGCAAAUAUUUAAAGAAGAAGAAAACAUCAUUUUUGUGUAUAGUUAGCUCUACUUCUGUUCCAAUUAACAUUUCUAUCGUUCAGGUAAAACAAACUGAUAAACAAGGGUUUAAAAAGAAAAGAAUCUGGGCCUUGGCUGAACUUAAAUCAGUUGAUGGGCACCACAUAUCAAACAAUACACUAGAGUUUGAUUUAACAUUUGAUAAGGUUUAUCGAUGGGUUGCUUCAAAUGUUAGGGAGAGGCAAGCUUUUAUCCACAACUUAUGGAAGCAAACGUCAAAGUUUAUAAUGAAAGAUAAACCUACUUUUAAGGGUAUACAGGAAUCAUGGAUUAAGGAAGAUGUAAUGACACCUGAAAAUACUUUUGAGACAUCCCCUUUGCUUACAAUGGACAACGAAUUGGCUGAAGAUUUUCAAGCUAUCACAGAAAAAGAACAAGAGGAUUUAUCAAGAUUGAUGUCAAGCUGUAAUUUUGCUGUAACCAAUGCAGAGGCUUUUAUGGAAAAAUUAGCGAAAGAUUUAUCUUUACUGGAUGGUGAAAAUAUACAGUCUAUACUAGCUUCAGAAGAACAAAUAGAAUCUUUAAUGGAGCAACUUGAAGAUGCCAUAAAUGAAGCUGAUAAUCUAGAAUCAAGAUUAAAUUCUUAUGAUGAGAUUUUGUGUCAUGUUAGAGAAACAAUGGAAAAAAUGGAGAAAAAGAACCAACUGAUUUCUGUUGUCAAUAAAAAUGAUCAGUUGCUUUUAAAUGAACUUGAAAGUAUAGUUACCAAAUUAAAUUUAGACAGAAAACACAUAGAAGUACUUGAGGAUACUGAUUUCCAAACGCCAGCAGGAAUUAAAAUAGCAAUAGAAGCAGGAAAUGCCUUAAAAGUUGCCAUGAACUGUGAUAUAGACAAAGCUCUAUUGCAAAUGAAAGCAAUUGAAGACCAGAGAAAAAAAUUCGACAAAUACAAGCACAAAUUUUCCUACAAUAUAAGCAGACAGCUCAAUAAUUUAUUUAUACAUUAUGGUAACCACAAGGGUGAGGGUGAAAAAGAAGGUUUAAUUUUGCCACAGCAUAGUGGAGUGCACAAAGAAUUAAAAGCUUACACUGAACUAAUGCACUGGAUGAGGGUGAUGGAUAAGAAGUCUUAUGAGCAAAUGAAGAAAGUCUACACAGAAUCUUUAGGGAAACUCUAUAAUAGGGACUUAAAGAACUUAUUUGACUCAGCAAGGGAAAAAAUACCGGUAGUAGGCGUGGCGACCACGCCCACCACUCUUAUCGGAUUGGAUAGGGACCAAUGGACCCUAGAUACAAACUCUCAGGAUCGCAAUAAAUAUGACAGCGUUUUAGAACAAGUUCUAACACAGUUGGAACCAGUUUUUAUGCAGGAGCAGCAGUUCUGCGUCAACUUUUUUCAAUUGGAUGUUAUUAAUACAAGUUCCAAGAACACCCUUACCACCUUGGAUGGCCAGGAUGCUAAUGUGGAAAUUGUGUCUCAGAAAAAAGCUGAAAAGCAAAUUAAUGAAGAUGUCAGAAACAUGAUGAGCAGCUUAUUUUCUUGCCUUAAAACUGAACUGGAUGGUUUAAUAGAUCACAUUAAAAAACAGGACAGCUUUUAUUGCAUGUAUGUUUUGGUGCGUCUAAAUCAACAUGUUAUGUCAGCUCAGAGCUCCUUUUUAAGUAACACUUUUGGAUCGGAAUUAAUUGAGGUUAAAAGAUCCUUGGAUCAGUUCAUGCAAAUGCAAAUAGAUUCAAUUAAAGAUUACCGUUGCGCGCGGAAAUCAAAAAUUGGAGUUCUACCUUACGUUUUUAAUUUUGAAGAGUUUGCUGUAAAUGCGGAAGGUUUAUUAAAAAGCGAAAGAGGGGCAGAUUUAGAGAAAUGGUAUAUUAGGCUGGUAGAUACCAUGAUAGAAUUUAUUUCUAUUCAUUCAAUUGAUCAGAAAACUCCAUCUCAGGUCAUUAAAAUGGAGAAUUAUCAUCAUUUGUAUUCUCUUCUAUCUCAAUUAAAAAUAUCUGUUCUUGAUACUCAAAGAAAAGAAGCAAAGCAGAAAUAUAAUGAUGCCUUACAGGCUUAUGUAACAUUAUAUUUUGGAAGACCCCUGGAAAAACUUAAUACAUUUUUUGAAGGUGUUCAAGCUAGAGUAGCAAGUGGUGUAAAAGCAUCUGAAGUCAGUUAUCAGCUAGCUUUUAGUAAACAAGAAUUAAGAAAAGUUAUAAACCAAUAUCCUGGCAGUAUUGUGAAAAAAGGUUUAGAAGCCCUCUACAAAAAAGUUGAAAAGCAUCUUUCAGAAGAAGGCAACUUGCUGCAAGUGGUCUGGAGAGCAAUGCAAGAAGAAUUUAUAAGACAAUACAAAAUGUUAGAGGACUUAAUCCAGCAAUGUUAUCCUGGAUCCAUGGUAACAUUAGAAUUUACAAUUGAUGAUAUUUUACAUUUCUUUUCGGAUAUAGCGCGCUCGCAUUAAGUUUUAAUAAUUUGGUAGUGUAAGGCUUAAAAGUAUUGUGCCUGUACUAAUAUAUUGAUUUUUUCAGCUAUUGAGCUUUACAUUACUUGUUUAAAAAGGUUAUUUGUUGAGAAACGUUAUUUAAACAAAAUAUAUUUAUUUUAGUAAGUAAAUAA